ACGACUAUUGAGUAGCUGCACUCCUAAUUGUCAAACAGUGCUCUCUGAUUGGCUGAGACUGUGAGAAAGUGCAGUCAGACCCAGACCCACACAUUCAUAUGGAGAUGUGGGACUAUAAGUAGGAGGGAUGAAGCCAGCAGAGAUCAGAUUCUCUCUACAGAGACCUCUACAGCACAGAGAUCCAGACAUGGCACCUACAAUCACUGCAGCAAUGACCAACUCUCAGGAGCCUCACACUGUGACCCACAAGCUCAAAAAGCCUCUGGUGGAGAAGUUACGCAGAGAGCGAAUCAACAGCAGCAUUGAGCAGAUCAAGUCUCUCCUGGGUCCAGAGUUCCUCAAACAGCAGCCAGACUCCAAGCUGGAGAAAGCAGACAUCCUGGAGAUGACAGUUUGUGUCCUGAGACGACUGCAGCAGCAGAAUGAAAAGCAGAGAAGACUGCUGAACCACGUCAACAAGAUGCAGUGUUCCUCUGAUAAGAACCUGAGAGAGGCUGACUUCUCUCUGCUGAGCUCCACAGUCCAGACCAGCAUCACCAAAGAGAAGAGUCCAGUCAACAGCGCCCCCUGGAGGCCGUGGUAGACCCCUACAGACUGGAGUUACUACCAGACAAACUGAGAUGACCAUAUUGGUCAAAGGUUACUGGAAGUGAAUUCUUCUGAAUUCUGAAAUACUAAGAACUUGUUCUUCUGUUUGUACAGAAGGUUGGUUUUAGUUUGUUUUGUUUUUCCUGAGGAAAUGACAGCAACUAUAUCUUUCAAUUUAAGAAAGAGAACAUCUUGUCAUGCAUGUUGCAUGAACCAAAUCUGAUUGUGUAUGCAAUUAUAAUUAUAAUACACUGUACUUCAUGUAUUGGUAGACUACACUGCUAUGGUUACAUUUGUAAUCCUCUAAUUGUUGUUGAUCAUUUUGAUCAGAAACUUUAACUGUUCUUUUUUUAAACAUAUGUCAAGUUAAGAAAGAGAAUAUCUUGUCAUGCAUGUUGCAUGAACACAUCUGAAUGCAACAGACAUUGAUAUACCUCACUGUACUUCAAGUAUUGGUCGUAUAUAGUUUAAUACAUUCAGCAUCUUUUGAUUGUUAUUGAUCAUAGUGAACAAAGACUUCCUGUCCAUUUUUAGGACGUAGUCAUAAUUGACUUAAUUUCUCUGAUAACUCAGACCUGAUCUGUUGAAAGAUCGAAUUGUUUAUCCUUUUUUUCCAAAAGGUUUUCUUAAAUGUCACACUUUUCCUGUGAUACUUUUAUGUCUCACUACACGUUGUGUGUUUUCCAAUAUACUAACUUCAUGGAGGAUUGUUUUUUGUAUCUCUUUGAUUGGUCAAAGAUAUUAAUUGUCCUUUUUAUGGACAUAUUUGGACCUUCCCUCACUUUCUGUGAUAAUUGACAAUUGUUCUGUUUUAAGAUCAAUAUGUUAUUCUUUGUUAAAUGUAACAUUGUCACAGUUUUACACUGACAAUGUCAUUUAAAAAAUCAAUUGAUUAUUAAAACGAUGUGACCAGUUGUAAGGUCAGUUUUUAUACAAACAUGUUUUUUAACUAACAGUGAAUGUUUUAAUGUUCCCUCAAAAAGUGUAAAUUGUGUGUCUUUUGUAAAGACAGUUGUUCCUCUACUCUUUGUGGGUACAGUGUCUUGUAGAAAUCUACAAGUUGUUGUUGUGAUGUAUCAUCACCUCUAGAUGCAGCAUUCAUGAUUUAUUUUUGCUCAUUGUGCUUUUUGAAUAAACAAAAAUUGCCAGCUGAAAAUGUUGUUCUAUAGUUAGUUGUUCCUUACACUUGCCCUUGUUAUGAUAGAAACUUGAGUUUUAUUGAAUUAAAUAAGACUUCUCUAUAACCAUCCA